GUUAACUCGGUAUUUGAUUUGUCAUUUGUAACUAAUCAUGAAUAUUCUAAUACUUGUUCUAUCAGUUUUUGUUUUCGUGAGUUCAACAGAUGAAUUAUCCCAGAAUAGUCCAGAAAUACAGCUUAAACCGGAGCCUGAAGAAUUUCUGACACCACCAGAACCUGAAGUAAAGAGUUCUAGGCCGGCUAUUGGUCACAUGAACACGACCAUGUCGGUGGUUUGUUCCUUGGUUAACGCUCCGGACGGGGACGGGGACGUGACACAGACUUGGACAAGAAACAGUGACGGUAAAGAGAUAACAGACUCAGAUGACGGAUUCAGCAUAGCUUCCUCACAAGAUGAUGAUACAAUAACUUCAACCCUCACAAUAGGUGCAACCGUCAACACUCAAGACGAUAUCUACAAGUGCAAGUUUACAAGCGGGGACGGUACAAACUGGGAGGGUAUAAGAAGAGUAUUCCUCUUCAUAGUGACCCCACAUGAUGCUACUGUGAACCAGGGGGACUCAGCUACUCUUUCUUGCGUCAUGACUGAUAUAGUGAAGAACUUGACCGUGACGUGGGAAGAUGAUCAAGGAACAGAAAUCAGCAAACUUCCAGAACACAAGUUUAUAAACGGUAUAAACAUUGGUGGAGUUCAGGAAUCCAGUGUGAUGAUAGAGAAUGCAGUGAGAAACUCGACCUUUACGUGCACGCUGUAUCCGUAUGUUAACCAGCCGUAUAGUACUGAGGUUCAUCUUUUGGUAAACGGUUCGUGUAAAUGGAUGGGUGUUCCGAUCAUUUUUAGCUUGCUGUUUUUUGUGUUAACAUGUUAAGAGUCGCGAUUCUUUGAAACGGUUCAGAUUUUUUAUUAAAUUUCGUCAUAAAAUUGUAUGGGGAUUCUUAAUAGUUUAUUAAAUUGACGCGGUUUCAGAGUAUCCCAGAGUAUGAAUAUGACGUUGAAUGACGUAACGUGACAACUACUUUCUUUUGGAAGAUAAUCUCGUCCUAAAUUAGUCUAAUGAUGAUAAACCAUGAGAAUCUUAUUUGUUAAAAAACAAUCAGUUAGGAAAUUUAAGAUUACAUGAUGUUUUUGAAUUUGUAACUUUGUUGUACAACUUUUUUACAGCUGAUUUAAUUAUCAAUGUUAGGGGACGUUGUACUUUGUCAAAUAAUUUAUGUUUUGUAGUCGAAGGCCCUUUAAAUGAAUAGAACGCUGUUAUGAAAAAAUAAUAUUAGAGUUUAAUUUCAAAAUGUUUAAAGCUAGGCAAGACCAAUGAUACGUGUUUAAAUUGUAUUCAUUAUAAUACUCCCUUGUGUAGUGUAUCUUAAACAAUAAUCUCAGAAUGUG